AUGUGGUCCGACCACGCACCGCUCACGAUUCAACUAACAUCGCCAUUACACAAACCCAAAACCAUGACAUGGCGGCUCCAUGAAAACCUCCUAUCCAACCCGCAGGUGGCCCAAGACAUACAACAAGCCCUGACGAAUUACUUCGCCGAGAACUUACCACAGGACACAUCCCCCCUCUUGACAUGGGAGGCCCACAAGUGUGUGAUUAGAGGGAUCCUUAUCUCACACUCCUCUGCCCUGAAAAAGGCACAGGAACACACGAUCCGAGAACUAACCGCCAAAAUAGGGACCCUAACACAGGCCCACAAACGAACACUAGAUGACACACUUCUCAGGGAACUCACAGCAGCCCGCGAAGAACUAGCACGGGUCCUGCGGCAAUC